CUCAUAAUGUCUACGCGAUAUAUGAAAAAGGUCUACGGCAGCGAUGUGACCUUGGAAACGGGUAACGACAAUACGAGUGACACGGAAGUUUCAGUAACCAGCAACACCAAGUCCAAGUCUUUCAAUGUUUUCGAUGUGUUGAACUCUGAUAAGGAGGAUAUUGAUGACAGACAGGAAGAUGAAGAUCUGGUUACAAACAGUACAGAUUACAAUACAAAGCGUAAGAAGAAGAAAAAGCAUAAGAAGUUGGAAAACGAGAGAAUCAAGAAUCAGCAAGAGCAUGAUGGAGAAUGUAAUGAGAACAUAGACGAGAUUGAACGAAGUAUAAGGGAGGUAAACAAAUUGCUUGGGGAACCACUACCAGGUUGCAGUACUCAAGUUUUGGAAGCGCAAUGGGUCGAUGAUAUAUCUAAGGAAGAUAUAUUAAUUGUACAGCGUAAACACUUGAAUCCACAUAACGAAUUAAAAAGAAUCUUUGGUAGCAAAACUAUAGAGGCUGGACAAAGAAUACUUUUGUUUUCCUACAGCAAGAAAAAUAAAGGUCGCCCUGGAAAUUUAAAGAAGACAUGGUUGAUUUACCCAGAAGAUAUUUAUUGGGUAUCAUUAAAAAAAUCUGGAUUAUCCAUGUCUCUAGAUCUAGAUUACUCUACAGAGACCACAGAGAAUGUACUUUAUUUUGUAUACGAACAUAGUGCUUCGUACAAAGAGAUACAACAAAAAUUUUUGCAAGCUGUUGAAAGUUUAAAUCCAGAAAAUAUAAUUAGUAUAAUGAAUGCCCAUUCUUAUCAUAUAGACUCCCUCCUGCAGGUAUCUGAAAUGUGUAAACUAACUGAAGAUUUAGCACAUGCAGCAGAGUUCAUCAAACGAGCUUUAUACUGCUUAGAAUGUGCGUUUCAUCCAUUCUUCAAUAUAACAACUGCAAAAUGUCGAUUGGACUAUAGGAAACAACAGAAUCGUGCAUUUUUUAUAACACUUUUUAAACAUCUUGGAUUUGUCGGUGGACGUGCUUGUUAUAGAACAAGUUUGGAAUUAUGUAAAUUACUUUUGUCAUUGGAUCCUGAAGGUGAUCCAUUAGCAGUGGUCUUGUGCAUUGACUUCUACGCUUUAAAAGCCAAAGAAUAUGAAUGGUUCAUAAAGUUUUGUAAUCUGUGGGAGGACUCCAGAAAUUUAACUCAAUUACCAAAUAUUGUGUACAGCCUGGCUUUGGCUCAUUUUCGUCUGGGAAAUAAAACUGAUGCGGAUACACUUCUGCAAAAUGCUCUUAUCAUGUUUCCAGAUGUAUUGAUGCUCUUAUUGGAGAAAUGUAGUAUACAAACAGACUCGAAGGUAAGGUUUCAUGAGUUCUUCUACUCACAUGCUAACACAUCACCGGCUCUAGAGAAGCUGCAAAAAUUAUAUGUAAUGCGUAGCUUCCAUCUUUGGAAGGAGACAGGUAUUUUACCAUGGUUAGAAGAAUGUGUACACACUGUGCUAAAUCGAGUCGAAUCUGGAGAUGAUUAUAUCAAAUACUGUCAAGUAAAGCGUAGCACACGCUAUCGGGGAAAGCUGCCAAGGAACAUUUUGAGACACAUUAUACUUUCAGACUUGCAGGAAGUUAUAGUUAACGUCCAGGAGAUCCAGGGCGAAGACCCAGUGUUGUCACACGAUCCAUUACCGCCACUAGACAGCAUUGAUAUUUAUAAAAGGCCUACAGCAAACAAUAGACCAAACAGUUCAAAUUUCUUUUCUCUCUUUUUCUCUUCGCUUUUCAGGAAUAUCAAUGGCGCAGCUGCUGCUUUAAAUGAUUUGAAUUUACUUGAGGAAAAUGAUGAUCAAGCAUAAUGACAACUUUCUCUAAUUGUGUGGAACUUAACAAUACCAGAGAAGAAAUCUAUGCAAAUUGUGCAGUUUUAAAUAAUACAUAUACAUCGUUUUAAAUAGUACAUGUAAAAAAUACAAAAAAGUAGAAUUAAUACAUAUAAUAAUGAAAUAAAAAGAUAAUGCCAGAA